AAUAGAGCUUGUCCAUCAAAAAUUGAGAUUACGACUUUGGAAUCUGACAGAGUCUCAACUAUAAAAGUCAAGUUUUGGAGUAGGUACUCAUUGUGGUCAUGCACAUGAUAUUGGGCGUAUACGAUUGGAUAAAGAAACAAAAACAAUGAUCGCAAGCAAAUUACAACAAGGGGUCACGUGGGACCAUAUUUUAGAUGAUAUUCGUGAUGGAAUAGUUUCUGAGACACAGCAACGGUUGUUCCUCCUAGAGCGUCAAUUUAUGUAACAUUUCACGCGACUUCAAUAUCACAUAUUCUACAAAACGACACAUAGAUGAUGCUGUCAGCGUGUCGUUAUGGGUUGAUGAAAUGAGAAAUCUUGGGGAAGAUUCACCGAUAAUUUAUUAUAAAGCACAAGAUGUUAAUGAUGAUGAUAAUUCUUGUUUAGAAGUAAAAGACUUUGCCCUUAUGAUAAUGAGUAAAUUCUAGGCUCAGCAAAUCAUUAAAUUUGGUCCAGAUAAAAUAUAUAUUGAUGGUACGCAUGGCACCAAUGCAUAUGAUUUUCAACUUCAUACAUUCAUGACUGUGAACGAAUAUGGAACUGGAUGCCCUGUUGCAUACUACUUUUCUAAUCGAGCUGAUGAGACGAUUUUCAAAUUAUUCUUCAGCCAAAUGAAAUCAAAGGUAGGUGUAAUUGAACCUGAAGUUUUCAUGUGUAAUGAUGCACCUGCGUAUUACAAUGCUUGGAGUAUCGUCAUGGGAGAUGUUCCACACAGACUUUUGUGUAUAUGGCACGUUGACCGAAACUGGCGAAAACAUUUGUGUAAAAUUAAAAGGAGGGCCGAAAAAAAAUUCCUCGUAUAUAAGACAUUGCGGGUUUUAUUACAAAUAACAUCAGUUGAUGAAUUUAAAACAUGUCAAGAUCAAGUUAUAAAUGACUUAUUAAAGGAUGAAGAUACUCAUGCAUUUGGAAUAUAUUUUAAAGACAGUUACUCAAAACGAUCUGAAGUUUGGGCUUACUGCUAUCGAUUAAAAAAAGGUAUCAACACAAAUAUGUAUCUUGAAUCUUUUCAUAAAGUUUUAAAGCAUUAUUUAGAAGGGAAAAAAUGUCAACGUUUGGAUAAGAUAAUAAAUUCUGUUAUGAAGAUAAAUAGAGACAUAAUCCUUAAAAGAUUAAUUAAAAUAUCGAAAAAUGUUAUGACAUCUAAAGAGAAAAAAAUUUGUGAAAGUCAUACGCGAGGUGAAUCAAUUACAACAAGUUCAAUUUGAGUUCUUGAAAAUAAAAAAUUAUGGAUUGUUAAAUCAGUAUCGGAUAAAUCUCAAGAAUAUUAUGUUGCUAAAGUUGGAGGGAUUUGUAAUAGUUCUUGCUUGAAAUGUCCAGUAUGUAGAAUUUGUGUACAUACUUUCAUAUGUAUUUGCACAGAUAAUAUUAUAAAAAUGAAUAUCUGUAAACACAUACAUUCUUGUGCACUAGAAUUUUAUAAAGUAGUCGGCAGUAUAUGCAAUAAUAAUAUUAGUAAUAAUAACGAUGAAACUAAUGUUAAUAAUAACAAGAAGAAUGAUAAUAAAAUACAUUUAGAAGAUAAUAUUAGAGAAGAGAAAGAAGAUUUACUGUCAUUUAUACAAGUCUCUCAAGAAUGCAAACCUGAAACAAAUGGAAAUAUUAUUUCAAAACUAGGACUCAUCUAAAAACUGUGUGUUGCAAGACAGAUUAGUAAAGAAGACGCAAAUUUAGUUGAAAAGAAAAUGUAUGAUAUAUUAAAAACUUUGAAUAAAACUGAUAGAAUCCAUUAUAAGACUGAAGAAAAAAUAAAUAUUAGAAAAAAUAUUGAUCUUCAACACAAAUUGUAUUCAACAAAGAAAAAAAGAAUUGAAAAAAAUCAACUCCAAAAGCCUUCACUCCAUGAAGUAAAUGGAAUCCGAGAAGGGCUCGAUGAUGACAAUCAUGCUGUUAACAUUCAUGGUGUAUUUGAUCAUAUUUAUGAUCAACAAUAAAAUUUUGGUCAAUCACCAAAUACAAUUAUUUUGGUUUUAAUGCAAUAAUUAAUAAAUAAU